AUGGCCAAAAGACUAAGGGUGAAUUCAAUAGUCGAUAAUUCUAGUUCUUUGCAAGACAGUAGCUUAGGCGAGGUUGUUAUAUUAGAGUAUCAUGACAGUGGCCUUAAUGAAGAUAGUGACUUGGUCGAGAAGGAAACAAAGAGUUAUGCUGGCUUUGGUGGUGAUGGAAGCAAGGUUGAUGAUGUUGUUGAAAAUCAAGACCUAGUAGCGAGUGGUGAUGUCAAUGAUGAAACUCAAGGUUUUGACAGAUAUUCUACUAACAAAUUCUUGAUAAAAACCCGAGAGCGUAUUAGAGAAGAGCAGUUGCAACAAGUCUACAAGAUUAGAGGUUGGGAAAUCAUCGAUUGGUCAAGUGGUGGUUUGCUCUGCGAUGUGUUAAGCAUUUACAUGAAUGGCCAAAUACAUCUCCUAAAAUAUUGGGAUAUGCUUGACACUUUUGUGUGUGUCCAAGAUCUAAGUGAUUAUAAAUCCCUUGUGGAUUGGAACCAACCUCCAAUCUAUGAAAAGGUUAUUGAUGUUGUAUUUGACGACUUAAAACAUAAAGGUGAAGAAGAUGAGGAAAAGGUCAAUGAAGCUAACUCUAUGGGUACAAAAAGCACUCAAAAUUUCAAUGAAAAGGUGGGUGAUGAUACUAGAUGUGUUGGUGCUGAAAAUGAGGAUGAUGUUGCUACAAUUAAUUAUCUAAUAGAAGGUGGUGCAUAG